GAUUGGAACACCUGAAUCACAUGAUUGGGAGGGGAUUGGAACACCUGAAUCACAUGAUAUGGAGGGGAUUGGAACACCGGAAUCACAUGAUUGGGAGGGGAUUGGAACACCUGAAUCACAUGAUUGGGAAGGGAUUGGAACACCUGAAUCACAUGAUUGGGAGGGGAUUGGAACACCUGAAUCACAUGAUUGGGAGGGGAUAGGGACACCUGAAUCACAUGAUAUGGAGGGAAUUGGAACACCUGAGUCACAUGAUAUGGAGGGGAUUGGAACAACU